GUGUGCUUGGACACUAGGCGGCGGUGGUGGUUCACCUGCCACUGGCUCUGUCUGGCUGGCGGUGUUUGGCUGGGCUGCGAUUGAUGAUUUCAACCUCGACUGUUCCUCUGCACACACAACACCUCUGACAGACACGGCCACACCAGCCCCUACCGGAGCCCUCAACACCAUUACCAGCAUUGUCUGCAUCUCCUUUACCCUCCUCGAAUCCAUUUCAGCCCUUUCUCGGCGUCGGUCCGGCCCAGCGGGACCCGUUGUACCCAAUCUCUCGACCCGCCCCAUUCUUGCCUGUCGAUUCCCACUCUGCCUCUGCACCACAAACUCCUGCCGACAUCCAUCCAUCCGUCCACCAAGUCAGUCAGUUCCAGCUCGUCCAAGGUCUGACGGCCUUGCCCUGUCAACCCCGGCCCGGCCUUCGAUCCCGACUGACUGGCCGACCUGACCUGGCCAUCCAGUGUGGCCUUGCCUGGCCUCAUCCUGCCUGGCGCCAACUUGACUACCAGCACCACCACUGCCGUCGCUAGUUGCUGCUACUGCUGCCGCUCACAGUUGGACCCCAUUUGAUUCCGCUGCACCGCCGUCAACCACACUACUAGGUCUGGCACAUUCCCGUCGAAAUGUGCAACCUGUCUGCAGACAUCUAGCAAGGACAUACUGGGGCAGAGGCUGCCCUUUGGAGACAUGUCCAGAUACAAUCCCCGCUACGACGACCGCCGCUCUCGAUCCCCCAGGGACAGGUCCCCUGACCGACUCACCGACCGCGCUUCGCAGUACAGCGAUGGUGACCGCAGACGAACCUCGGCCGAGUCGAGGACCAAUGCCUCCACCUUUCAGUCCAACAGGGACAACUUCCGCGAGCCCUUGACCGCCCGCGAGCCCCCCCGCGCCCCCAAGGCCUACCUGGACCCUCCCAGCGGCCCUCGCGGCGGCUUUUCUGGCGACUUCAGAGGGAGGGGCCGCGGCCGCGGCAGGGGCUGGCGCGAUGACAGCCGAGAUCGCGGCCGGGACCGAGAUUUUAGAGACAGACGAGAUGAACCGCCGCCAUUCCGAGACGACCGUAGCAGGGAACGUGAUCGCGACUGGCGGGACCGCGACAGAGACAGCUUCAGGGGACGUCGCCCAUCGCCGGGCCCUAGGCGCUCGCCGCCCGGCAGAGAUUUCCGCGACCGCGACCUUCAGAUAGGAGUCGAGGCCGACCGGGCCAGGCGUGGAUCAAGAGACGGUGGGCCUCUUAGUGCGGGCUCCUCGGCAUCAGACCCCCCCUUCGGCUCCCAGUCUUAUCGCGGAGGUGCAUAUCGUGGCCGUGGCGGCGGACGGGGCCGCGGGGACUGGGACCGCGGGCGCGGCCGUUCCUUCUUUGACGACCGAGCAGAUCGCUUUAGGAGCCGCUCUCAGGAAGGUCGUUGGGGCGGCGGGCCUCGUGAUCGGGACGAACGCGACAGCCAUCGCUACCUCGACUCGGAUGUGCGACCCCGGGAUGCACCCAGGGAUGACCGUGAACCGCCCCUCCGAGAUCUACCACGAGACCCUCGUGACACGCGGGAUCCUCGUGACACUGUUGACCGCAAUGCCCGCCCCAAGUUCGACCGGCAGGGCUCUGUGGCCACUGAGCCCAUCACCACCCCGACGAGUAAGCCGACAACACCACCAUUAGCUCCCGUUGCCCCGGCUUUCGGUACUGCGCCUGUCCGUCCCCCGCCCGCAUCUGACGUAUCAUCUAAAGCACCACCUACGGCGCCCCGUGCGUUCAACGAAGACAGACAGGACAGACAGGACAGACAGGACCGCCAGGACCGGCCUGCCUCCUCGGGACAGUCCGGUGGCGACCAGUGGGCACCGCCUUCAGGGCCCUCCAACUCCAUCAGCCCAACCAUCCCGACUGGCCCACGCGGCAUGCAGCUCCAGAAGGCCCCUCGACCGUCCAGCAAACAGUGGAUCAACCCUGCCCUGGUCGGAAACAAGACUAAGAUGCCGGAAUCCCCCAAGGUUAACCGAUCACAGAGCUUCGCGUCCCCUCAGCAGUCUCGUCCAUUCGACCCUCGAGCCGACUCGUACUCGAACCGCCGAGACGACGAGCCACGCCGGCCUCGCAGUAGUGGCGCGGGCGCCGAGACCGAGAGGGCCGGCACAGACGGUAGCCUGCGUCCUUUGAGCAUCCCCGAGCCUGGCGAUGCAAGGAUCGAACGUGGCACACAAUCGGCGCGCGCCUCCAUUGAUCGCGACAUACGGGCGCCAUGGAAAUUCCCCGACCUCAAGACGGGCGACCUCAAGACGGGAGUUGCCGAGACAUCUGACGGCGCUAGUGUUGCGUCUGCCAUUUCUCCGACUGCCGUCAAGACAACCAGCCCAACCAUGUCUCGUCCCAGUGACCAGCAGGACGAUGACGGCGCGACGGCGCAGGAGGACGGGGAGAUCAUCGAAGAUCAGCCGCCGAGGAAGAGGAGCCGCUUAAACAUUACCAGCAGGUCCUUCGAAUUGCCGCCCAGGCUGACGGAGAUACCCACAGUGGACCAAUCCUCCGACUCUGAUGACGAGGACAUGAAUGACUACUUCGACGCGGAGAUCGCCAAGGCCGAAUCUGAGCUCCAGAGGCUGGAGCACGCGAACAACGCGGUGCCGACCGAAAUUGUCAUUCGCUACGCGCAGGUAACCCACGAGGCUCUCGUGGCUGUCGCGACCGAAAAUGGGAGCUUAAAGGACAUGCUGGGUCCCAUACCAGAGGACAUUGUGUUGCCGACGCAGAAGAAUGAGGUGGCUCCAGAGCCCGAGAAAACCACUCCGGCAGAGCCUGUCAAGGCGGAGACGGGUCAGACACCAGCUGCUCGGAAUGCGAACCAGGCAACUGAGCCCGCUGUGCCCAUAGAGAGUGUGGCGCCUGAGCCUCAACCUAAGGUGGAAGAGAUGGAGGUGGACAGCUCGCAUGUGCUCAUCCCUACCGUCGAGCGGCCGGAGCCCCAGGGAGAAGAAAAUGGAGACAUCGCGAUGGAAGAUGCGCCUAUGAAUGGGUUGGAUACAACCAUGUCCGAGGCCGGGCCCCUCGUGCCGAAUGGUAUCUCAGCGCACGUUGGCGAUCAACAACUCUUGCUGCCUCCUGGAGUCGCACCUCCCGCGGGCACCACCAGCCCGACACCUGUCGAGGAGGAGGAGGACGAGACUGAUAUCGAGGUGGAUGAUGCGACGCUGGAGCUCGUCCGUCCAACCAUGCAGACGCCUCCGGUCGAAGAUUUGCCUUAUUUCAACGCCAAGCCGUGGACGAAGAGCAGGCAAGCCAUGAGCUCCAUGGAGCAUGACACUGAAGUUGAAGCCUUCAUCUCGCGCAUUCUGCAGGAUAACAGCAUGUUUGUCCGCAAUGAGCAGCAGGCCAAGAAGUUGGAAUAUUCCGGCAAGUAUGAGGAGUACCUGCGGUUCACCAUCUCCGACGACCCUGUUGCUAGCAAGAGCCGUGAUGCUUUCAACAAAGCGAACGAACCCAUCGAUGGAGGCGGCAGCCAGGUGACAGGCCCAGAACCGAAGCCCGAAGGACGACGCGGCGGCAGAUUCGCCACGGAUCGUGACAUGGAGCGGAUACUGGCCCAGUCGCUGCUGGAGGUGAAAGAAAAGGAGGAGCGCGAGACACGGGCAGAGAAGCUCAAGCACCCUAGCACAAGCGAAGCUGUCAUCCCGGACAUGUACUGGACCAAAGAGGAUCGUGACAAGGAGCUCUUUAUCGAUCACUCCGGCUUUCUUAACCCGGAGAAGCUCAUCGCGAACUGGCAGGUCCUCCCGCCUGCGGCCAAUUUCACCGAGCAGGAGGCUCAGCUGUUCGAGAAGGCCUACCUCGAAUUUCCAAAACAGUGGGGCAGGAUUGCAGACCAGAUUCCAGGUCGUGAUUUCCACUCGUGCAUCCAGUAUUACUAUUUGAAGAAGAAGGAGCUUAACCUGAAGGAAAAGCUCAAGAAGCAGCCCAAGAAGAAGAAGAGCAGGAAAACCAAGGCACGAUCGAGCGCGCUUGUCUCGGAGCUUGGAAACCCGGACGAGCCUCAGGACGAAAACGCCGAGACUGGGGAGAACGGCGAGAGGCGCCGGCCUCGCCGCGCGGCCGCUCCGACAUGGGACUUCGAGAAGUCCCAGGCGGACUCGGCAGAAGUCACGCCGGCACCCACGCCGGCGCGGAGGGGCGUCGGCAGCAAAGCUGCAGAGAGCGGCACGGAGAAGCCUGACAAGCCGGCACGCAGAAAACGUGGCGCCAACAAGGAGAAGGACAAGGAGCCGAAACAGCCAAAGACGCCACAGGUACUCGCCCCAACGCCACAAGGCGUGGCCAAGGGAGGAGGAGCCAGGUCCCGGUCAAGCUCCAAGGUACCACCCCCAGAGUUUCUUCCCUCGCAUACGCCCACUGCCGAAAUGGGAAGGACGCCACUGUCUUUCGACGUGGGGCGCGCGUCGCCGAUGCCCGGUCUGCCGCCAGCAAUCGUGCCUGCCCCUGGGCAUGUCAUGAGCCCAGCAGACAAGACCCUGGCGGCGAACGCCAACACGAGCGCGAAUGCCAAUUCCAACUCCAACGCUGCGGGCCUACUGGACAUCAUGGCACCGCCGUCAUUGCGACCUGAACCUAUACCCCCUCCGCAGCCCCCACAGAUCUCUACCUUCGAAUUCGCCGGGCAUGUGGGCAGCACACCGCAUGUUGCAGCAGAGCAGCCGGAGCGGGCUGGUAGAGCCACCCCCUCCAACGCGAACGCUGCGUCAAGCUACUGGAGUGUGGCUGAGAUGCAAAACUUCCCCGAGCUAUUGAGGAGCUUCGGCACGGAUUGGCAGGCCAUCGCACAGCACAUGACCACCAAGACGGCCACAAUGGUCAAGAACUUUUACAACAAGCAGACCGGCCGUGGUGAGAAGCCAGAGUGGGGUGACAUCGCGACCGAGGCUGAUGCAAAGGUGCAAAGAGGAGAGAAACUGCCUCCACCUCCAACGCCGGCUGCUGGGCCCAGGAACAAGCGAUCCGACUUUGGCACCCAUCGCCGCGCUCCCUCAGUUGAUGUGGCGGACGACAGCGCUGUAGCCAAGGCGGAGAAGCAGAGUCUCCAACGGGAACAAGCAAGCGUCUUCAACGGGCGAAUCCCUGUGCCCAUUGCCCAAGCGCCUGCGCAGCAGCAGUUACGGCAACAGCCUGUCAUAGGCCAGCCUGCACUGCCGGAAAGGAUUGAAGGGGUGGAGAGACAAGAGCGCAAGCCAUUGGUGUCGUCGCAGCCCACCUCACAGGCGCUGGAGCCAGCCGGACGCCAUGCGCGAUCUUCUUCAGCACUGCUUGCCGAGAGGGAAGUCGAGCCUCUUGCUCCUCAGCAGCAGGCAAUGCGCCACCCGCUGAAACCUGCGCCGAUCUCCCAAGCCGUGGAGCAGCCCACGCUGCCGUCCCAGGCAGGUCCUUCUCGCGCGGGAUUUGCAGCACCUCCCGAGCUCGACACGCAACCUUUCAUGCUAGGCGCAUCUGCCAGACAGCGCAGGCCGCCUGCUGAUGUGCAGCCCAAGGAGGAGCCCCGGCUCAUUGAGCGACAGCCCCCGCGCCUUAAGCAGGAACCUGAACAAGCGCCCCACUUUGAGCCCUUCGUCCCAUCGCAAGCUCCGCGACCCACGUCCACAAAGCCCGUACCUGUCGACCGACAGCCAGAGCCGCCACGGACCACGGCGCCUCACAACCAGCAGGCAUUUGCGCCCGUCGCAGCAGCUCACCAGAUGAUGCAGCGCGAGACAAUCAGGGAGCCCAUGCGAGAGGCCAUCAGGGAGCAGCAGAUGAUGGCGCCUCCGGCCGACGAACGACGGGUCGCAGGUGUGCCGGGCCGCGUGCCGAACCUCAACAUGCUUGACACGCGCGUCCAAAACCCCAUCUCCGUCGAGGGCCGCACCCCUAGUUCGGCCAUCGUCGAAGACCCGCGGCGCGUGCCCAAUCCUAAUAUGGAACCGGCUAGGGUAGCCAAUGCGAACUUUGCCGAUGCGGUCCCAGCACGCGUUCCUAAUCCGAACAAGGUUGACAGCCCCGGGCCACCUCGUGUGCCCAAUCCGAACAGCAUUGAGACGCCAACGCGCGCGUCCAGCCAGAACAUGUUCGACAGCGCGUACGGCGCAUCCCCGUCGCGGCCGUCACCCACGCCGUCUGCGAGUGCACCACCACCUAGGCAACCCGACCCGCCUAAGAAAUCGAAUCUGUCCUGGUUGCUCAAUGAUGACCCGGCGCCCGCGCCACCGGCUCCGAAGAGAGUUGACGAGGUGGCCCGUGGUGGAGAUAUGUCCUCUAGUCCACCUCCUUCAAUGUCUGGCCGGGGCCCACCGCCAUCGGCUGCUCCGCCACACAUGCGGAGGGAAGAAACGCCGACAUUCUCGCCUUAUUCGCGCAACCCGCCGCAGACUGCCAUGCCGGCGCUCAAGCCUUACAGUGCGUCCCAUACCCAGUCGCCGCAGCUGCAGCACACCGGCAUACCUCGCUCGUCCAUGGCAUCCCCCAUCGAAGCCGCUACUGCUGAGAGAGACUAUUACGGCCGAAACCCAUAUGGCGCUCAGCACCAGGCACCUCCGUCAGGUUCUCCUCACCAGCCACCGCAUCAUUACUCGUCUCCCAGCCAGCAGUCGCCAAUGGUGUACCCACCACAGCCAGCGUUCCCCUUCGGCGCCCAGGUAUCCCAGCCACAUGCGGCUUCACCCACGGUGCAGUACGCCCAUCCUUCAGCCGGCCGGAGAGAGGUGAGCCGUGAUUUGCGUGAGGCGCGCGAUCCUCGCGAUCCCCGUGACAUUCGUGACCCCCGCGACCUCCGAGAUAGCCGGGAUCCUCGCGAAAGUCGUGAUCCGCGAGACCCUCGAGACAUCCGCGACCCACGCGAUUACCGAGACGUCAGAGAGUCGGUGGCACCCAACCGCGAGACAGCAUGGCCGGCUCCCUCGACACAGUCUCCAAGCGCUGCGCGGCUACAACAGGAGGUCGCUUGGCCACAAUCCAAGGUGUCCCAACCGCCACCGCCACCGCCAGCCCAGUCUCCAUGGGGAUCUCAGCAUGCUGCGUCGAGCAAGUUGCAGCAGAUGAGAGAGACUCCGCAGCCCUCCUGGUCGGCGGCACCUCCCUCCCAUCUGGGCCUAAGAGAAAGUGUCCAGCGAGAUCCAAGGGACAUGAGAGACCCUAGAGACCUCAGAGAUCCGAGAGAUCCCGGCAGGGACCCCAGGGACCCCAGGGACAUGAGGGAUGACCCGUAUGCUAUGCGUGCCGGUCUUCGGGAGAGCGUGCCCCCCAGAGACCCACGAGAGGAGCGCUACAUGAUCGAGACGCAACAACGAGCUGCUGCCGAAUCAAGGAUGUCAGCCGAUCCUCGGAUGGUCGUCGAUCCCCGUGAUCCACGUGUUAUGGGACACCCGCAUCACCAGCAUUCCCACUCAGGGUCAAUACCAGGUCGCAUGUACGCCGCUUCCCCAGCACCACGAGAAGUCCUCGGUGGACCACCCCCAGGACCUCCUCAGGCGCAGAAUCCAGCAUACCCGCGCUAUGCCACCCCUGGCCCACGCGACAUGCCGCCCAGGAGUUACACGCCUGCACCGUCGCAGCAGCAGCAGCAGCAACAACAACAGCAGCAGCAGCAGGCGCAACAACAACAGCAACAGCAUCAACAGGCGCAGCAGCAGCAGCAGGCGUACGAGAUGCAGAUGCAUAUGCGGGAGAGGGAGAUGCGGGAGUUGCGGGCCGCCGAGGAUCUCAGGGCGAUGAGCAUGCGACCGGGCCUCCGCGGGGACGAGUACGGUAUGGACCCCAGGGCCCGCGGCCCCCCAGCUGACCUCCGGGGCCACGAGUAUGGCGGCGAGUUUCGCGGGGAGCUUAGAGGGCCUCCCCAAGGAGACCCUAGGGGGGACCCUAGGGGGGACCCUAGAGGGGACCCUAGAGGGGACCCGAGGGCCAUCGACCCGCUGCGGCGCCAGCUGAGGCCGCAUGAGGGAUAUCCCGCACCAGGUGAUAGGAGGUAUUAGCCAUUUACGAUGAGGAGCACACAUCAUCUGAAGUUUUAAGAGGGCCUUGGUUUCAUUGUUUCAUUGGAAGCGGAUGCUUGCUUCUCAGCUCCAUGGUUUGCGACAUUUGAAGAUCAAGCGUGAUUAAAGGAUACUGCGGUUGCAACAGAGGACAAGAUGUGCAAGGGUCCUUUGUGGGCUAGUUUCAUAGCCAAGGCAGUGGUGCCGACAAAGCCGGAGUAAGAGGGGUUCUUGUCGAGUAUUCCUAUCUUUUUUUUUUUUUUAAUUGUGUAACUGUUUUGUUGUAAGUAUGUAUUUAUGUGUCCAUGUGUCCGUGUAGAUGCUUCAUGGUGGGUGGUUCUGGG